UGUUCUUUUCACGACGGCAUGACGAGGAAAAAUGGCUGACCAGGCACAGUUCGAAGCUCUCUUGGAGAGUUUGAUGAGUACGGAUAAUGACGUCAGGACACAAUCAGAGGAAAGUUAUGACAAGAUUCCACCAGCAACCAAGAUACCUUUCUUAGUUCAGUCUAUGAAAAACAGCAAUGGAUCUAUUGAGACAAGAACAAUGUCUGCAGUGCUACUGCGGCGUCAAUUUUCCUGUAGUUUUGACGAGUGCUGGCCCAGUUUAGCAGAUGAAAUGAAAGCUUUGAUUAAGGAACAAAUGAUGAUUGCCAUCAGGGAAGAGUUGACUCCCCCUGUCAGGCGGAAAAUCUGUGAUGCUACAGCGGAAUUGGCUAGAAAUAUGAUUGAUGAUGACGAAAAUGUGACGUGGCCAGAAAUAUUGAAAUUUCUCUUUGAGUGUGCAAGUCACGAGGAUUCUGGACUCCGAGAAAGUGCCUUGCAUAUUUUCACGAAUGUUCCUGGUAUUUUUGGCAACCAACAAACCCACUAUCUGGAUGUGAUUAAGCAGAUGUUGAAUUCCAACUUGCACGAUGCUGAUCAUCCACAAGUCCGAUUUGAGGCAGUCAAGGCGACAACAGCAUUUCUUGUGGCCAAUGACAAACAACAGUCCAUUCUUGCCCACUUCAGAGAUCUAUUACCUGCCAUCUUACAGGCUAUGGUUGACAGUGUCAAUGCACAAGACGAUGACAGCUUGCUGAAGUGUUUGAUUGAGUUGGCAGAAACUGUCCCGAAAUACCUACGCAGUCAGCUUGAUAACAUUAUACCAUUUUGUCUGAAGAUUGUGUCCGAUGCCAACUUGGAUGAUUCAUGGAGACAGUUGGGGAUGGAGGCCAUUGUGACCUUGUCAGAAACCGCCCCAGCUAUGGUUCGGAAAUUCAGCAAAUUCAUGUCCCUCCUUGUUCCACAGAUUCUGGCUUUGAUGGUCGACCUAGAGGAAGAAACUGAUUGGGCAUUACAAGAUGAACCUGAAGAGGAAGAUACUGAAAGUAAUGCCAUUUCAGCAGAGAGUGCUUUAGACCGCCUGGCUUGUGCCCUUGGAGGAAAGACAACUCUUCCCCACAUCUUGGCCAACAUUCCCCAGAUGUUACAGAACAAUGACUGGCGCUACAGACAUGCUGCCUUGAUGGCUAUAUCAGCCUGUGGGGAGGGGUGUCACCAACAGAUGGAGAUUAUGCUUGGCAAUGUUGUGGAGGCCAUCUUACCAUUUCUGAAGGAUCCGCAUCCACGUGUCCGUUAUGCCGCCUGCAAUGCCAUAGGACAAAUCUCUACAGAUUUCGGUCCGAUAUUACAGAAAAAGUUUCAUGAAAAGGUUGUACCGUCACUGUUGAUGGUGAUGGACGACGACGCCAACCCCCGAGUACAGGCACAUGGUGCAGCGGCCCUGGUGAACUUCAGUGAGGACUGCCCUAAAACCAUCCUGGUACAGUACCUAGACGUUAUCAUACUCAAGCUGGAGCAAGUUCUUGUCAGCAAGUUCAAAGAGUUGAUGGAGAAGGGAACUAAGAUGGUUCUGGAGCAGGUAGUCACGACGCUGGCGUCAGUGGCUGAUACUGCAGAAGAAAAGUUUAUACAGUAUUAUGACAGAUUUAUGCCGUCAUUGAAAUACAUUGUACAGCAGGCGAUCCAGCCCGAGCUGCGGCUACUACGAGGGAAGACCAUCGAGUGUAUCAGUUUGAUAGGACUGGCUGUAGGCAAAGACAAGUUCCUUCAAGACUGUUCUGAGGUGAUGCAGCUGUUACUGAAAUCUCAGACAGAUCAACAGGACCUGGCGGAUGAUGACCCGCAGAUUUCUUACAUGAUUUCUGCUUGGGCAAGAAUGUGCAAAAUUUUGGGUAAAGAAUUUCAACAGUAUCUGCCUCUUGUCAUUGGUCCUGUUCUCAAAGCUGCUUCCUUAAAGCCAGAGGUUGCACUACUGGAAAGUGAAGAGAUGAAAGAAAUGUACAGUGAUCAAGAUUGGCAAUUUGUCACUGUUGGAGACCAGCAAAGCUUUGGGAUCCGCACAGCAGGACUUGAGGAAAAAGCCACUGCUUGCCAGAUGUUAGUAUGUUACGCUCGCGAGCUAAAGGAAGCCUUCGCUGAGUAUGCCGAACAAGUUGUCAAAAUUAUGGUGCCUCUUCUUAAAUUUUAUUUUCACGAUGAUAUACGGAUAGCAGCGUCAGAAAGCCUGCCAUUUCUAAUAGACUGUGCUAAGAUUCGUGGGGAACAGUACGUAGCAGAGAUGUGGCAAUACAUCUGUCCACACUUACUGAAGGCCAUAGAGAUUGAACCUGAGCAAUCUGUACUACCAGAACACAUGAACUCACUGGCAAAGUGCAUAGAAAAACUAGGAAAAGGCUGUUUAACAAUGGAGAACCUUAACUUAUUGACACAACUUGUAGAUAAACAGUUACAAGAACACUUUAAGAAACAAGAUGAGCGACAAGUUAAAAGAGUGGAUGAAGAUUAUGAUGAAGAUGUGGAAGAUGAACUUAUGGAUGAGGACGAUGAAGAUGUGUACAUCCUCAGUAAAAUUGCUGAUAUCAUUCAUGCCCUGUUUGGCACACAUAAGGAGGAGUUUCUGCCCAUCUUUGAACAGCUCAUGGGCUACUUUGUCCGGUUACUGGGAGCAGAGCGGCCGUGGCCAGACAAACAGUGGGGAUUGUGCAUCUGGGAUGAUGUCGUGGAACAUUGUGGUCCGCACUCUGUGAAGUACCAGGAAUAUUUCCUACAGAGUAUGAUGACGUACCUCACUGAGAAGAGUGCUGAGGUUCGCCAGGCUGCUGCAUAUGGUGUUGGCGUCAUGGCACAGUUUGGAGGGGAUGUGUAUGCACAAGCGUGUGCAGAAGCCAUACCUCUACUACUGAAGAUGAUACAGGAUCCAGAAUCUCGUGCUGUGGAGAACGUUAACCCCACAGAAAAUGCAAUUUCAGCUGUCACAAAAAUUUGCAAAUACAAUUCGUCCAGAAUCAAUUUAAAUGAGAUAUUAGGGGCGUGGAUUACCUGGUUACCUGUUUGGGAAGAUGAAGAUGAGGCUGCCCACAUAUACGGCUACCUUUGUGAUCUGAUAGAAAUAAACCAUCCUGUUAUUCUGGGGGAGAACAACAAGAAUCUACCACAGAUUGUGUGUAUCAUCGGUGAGGCACUACACAAAGAAGCGGUGUCAUCAGAAGAGGACGUCUUCCAGAGACUUCUGAACAUCGUCCGACAAGUACAGAGUAACCCAGAACUGUUCCAGGUGUGUGUUCAGCUCUUAACACAAGACCAGCAGCAAGCCCUAUCGGAGGCCCUCACUGCUGCCCAGAGCUGAGGAACAUCUUUGCCUUUAUGGACCUAUUAAACCAGUAGUGUACAUCACUAAUGCUAACGCCAAACCUGCGAUUCUGAUGUCCACAAUUUCGGGCUCACCCCCAAUUUCUUCAUGUCUUGGCAGAUUUGACAGCGUUUUGGGGGUGCUUUCUUGGAGUAGUUGCUGUUAUAGGCAACUCUGCUUACUGCAUAAUUCAAAUUUUAACUCCCAUUUAGGAUUUUCGGCAAACACUUGUUUCACAGAUUUUUAAAUGAGGAGUUUAUGUGCAGUGUUCACAGACCGUGACCAAGUGUUGCCACGUAUGGAAAGCCUGUGUGAAGGGAACUUGGUGGCAGAGUUGUAGGAUCUUCUGUAUACUUCGUAUGCUGAGGGUGCGGUGAAGCAAUGUUUACCAACUUUUGCUGGAGGAUUUUGUGUGAUAUCUGCUGCAUACAGAAAGUGGACGCAAAAUUAUAUUUAUGUGUUGUGGCUCCUUGCGUUUUUCGUGCCAGGUCAGGUCGUCCGACCUAUUUUUUGCUAGGAUUAUAUCCACGGGACAUAAACAUUUAUGUGAUAUCCGGUUACCGUAAAAAUGAUAAAAGGGCAUCAAUUUGGGGAUGGUUAUUAAUGUAUCCAUUCAAGGGAGUUAAUCCACGGUUAUAAUCCCUGACAUUCAUAAACAUUAUUUCUCCCAUAACACAAAAUUGAAAUAAAGACAAUGUGAUGACAUGCUUCCUGCUGCUGUUUUACUCAGAAAUAAUAAUAAAAAAUGUGAACCAUUAACUUGGAGUGAUGAAAUUAAACAAACAGUCAGUAUUAGAGAAAUACCGACAGUACUCUAGGGAUAUUUGGAGGUAAAGACAUUAUGAUGUCUUAGAUAUGAAGUAAAGGAAGCAUCUUCUUCAGGACGUUUUUAUUCCAAGAUCGGUCUUUCAACAGUAGUGCUCACCUUUAUUUGAGGUAUCUUUCGUAUGAUUCGGUGAAUUAAGUGUGCACAUUUCUGUGACCAUUGCUGCUUCGGUCCACAGCCAAGCCCUGUCAGUGUUGAAAAGUAUAGCUGCAGAGUGAAGUUUCGUAGCAAGUUGGAGUGCAUGACAAGUUCAGAGUGUUCCUACUAGCCAUAGUCUUGAAAUUGCUGGUGAUUCCUAUUAUAAACUCUGUUUGUGUAGCUCCUUUGUGUAAUCAUUCUCAAAAUUGAGAAAAUGAGAUAUUUUUCUUUUAUCCAUAAAAUACAAGGAUAUCCUAUAUUGUUAACUGUGGCUGAUUGUACAGACUUUGUUUUGUGUCCUGUUUUACCGGAUUGUUUUGUUACCUGAUUUGUGGAUUGUGUUAAUAUUGUUAUUAGAUAUUACGUUAAUGUCUGCAUGUUUAUACUAUCCGUACUCGAAAGCAAGUGAUGUAUACAUAGUACCUUAUAAAAUUAUGGGAUCAUGGUUACGAGUUCAAAGUUUGGUUAACUAGUAAUAACUUGCGAUGGUAUCGACACUAUUUUCUUUCAUAUUUACUGCCGAAUUUGGGAGUAUUAUCUUUUCAUUUUAAUUGGAUCCAGAGUUAUAGAAUCACUCCAAUUUGAUGAUCUUUUUGAUGAUAACAGUAAUUUAUCCUCAUAAGAUUCUACAUAAGGAGGACAACCCCGAAUAUUCAUAUGUACACAAUAAAAAAUACACCAAAGGUGGCAAGACAUGGUUGUACAAUUCCUCAAACUCAACUCUCGCAGCUGGUAAAUUUGCGUCAGCAGCUAGUAAAAACAGCAAGUAAAAUUUUUGCUGACAUAUGUUGAUAUACUAGCAGCAAAGAGGUCUUCGUGUCUUUCAGUGAUUCAAAUUAUGACCAGUAUAUGGUCAUGAUCAGAUAUGGGACUUUGAGAGGUUGAUGGAUAUGAUUUGUAUACCCCUGCAAGUUGAUUUCUACAGAAUACAAUUGUCAAGAUUGAAAUGCUUUUAACCCUUUCACCAUUGUAGACCAUAAUGGACUUAUCUAGAGCAAUGCAUGGUAGAGUCUACUAAUGUUACAUAGGGGUGAAAUGCUUUUAAAGUAUCCCUGAAUGUUUGAUGCAUACUAUCAGGAAUCACUUCUACAAAUUAUUAUGUUUGAAAUCGUGUGUGUGUGUGUGUAUACCGCAACUAAAAUUAUUUAUUGCUGUUAUGUACCUUCCUAUCUGACUUUUAUGAAGUCGAAAGGUAUUUUUCUUUUCAUUUAUGUUUUUGCUCUCUAUCAAAGGCCAACUAGUCUGUUUUUUUUCUGUAAAAAUGCAGUAAGGGUAUUAUUUACUUGAAAAAUAAUCAGAAUAUCUUUUUAAAUGAUUGUCAUUCUAGGUCUGCUAAAUCGUGAUUAAAUUGUGUCUUCAAAUCCA